AUGAUGUUCUCCUCCAACUGCUUCCUGUGUCUGUUCCUGGUCGUCCUCGCCACACAAGUAACACUCGCUAUAAUAGCUGUCCCUGCCACAGAAGCACCUCCCCCUGCCACACAAGCACCUCCCCCUCUAAUACCUCCGUCGUCUGCAUCGUGUCCACAAGCAGGUCUUCUGUUGGAGAAGCUUGUGAACCUCAGCACAGCACUUAGUAACAUUAACAACAGUUUAAUUUCUGUCUUCGACCUCAUCGACGAGCAAUGUCCAUGCCUGGAUGCUUCCCCCGAGUGCUUCGAAACAAGAGUCUCAAACUUUAGAACUGCUUUGGAAGAGCUUAUUGUUGAUGCAGACAAUGUCACUCUCAGCGCCCCAACAGACUGCCCAGAUCGUACCGGAGCAGUGUUCGUGGCUACUUGUGAUGGAACUGAUGUUGCCGUGGUGGAUCCCAAUGGUGUCAUCCAGAACGGCUUCAAUACCGAUACCAAUGUAACUGGUUGGGCUGUUUACAUCAACGGUGAUACCUAUGGAUUUGACUACUUCAGGAACGGUCCAUUUGAAGUUCGAUGUCGACUGACACCGGAUUCAGUUGAAAUCGUAUUAGGCGAUGACAAUGAUGAUCCAUUGACAUCGACAGCAGUGGGAACUGGCAUUAUCUACGAUCCUGACACAGGGAAUGAUUAUGUAGCCAUUUCAUUCGACAAUGCAACUCUCAAUGGCAUCUAUUGCUUCAACAGGACCGUAUUUCCACGUAUUACCUUGCUCUUCGGUUUUGACGGCGUCCCCGGAAGAAUUGAGGUUCAUAACGGCUUCGUGUACAUGAUUGAUGGUCAGAAGAUUGUAAGACGACGACUAGAUGGUACUGGUGGGUGGGAACAGGUCCUGUUCUUUUCCACAAACAUAAAAGACUUUGACGUUGCCGCUAAUGGACACGUAGUGUUUACCGACGAAUCUGGAGCCGUGUAUAUUUAUGAUCCGGUCCAACGAACAUACAGACAGCUGAGGCCGCCAACCAGCGACGGCAGAUGUGGUUUCACCAGUGCUAUCAACCCCUGCGAUUCGCUCCUCUACGUCGCAAACAUAAACGAUGCGGAACUUCAGAUCUUCAAUACUAACACAUUUCAGCGUGUUGGAUCACUGACAUACACCGAGUCGACUCCAUCCCCAUGCCCGUCUGUUGCAUUUGAUCCAACAUUCUGCUGUGCAUGAAUUUGAUGACGGUUCAGGUCACAACAGAAGCCAGGCCUCCCAAAAGUCAAAGCAAUGGCAAAG